AUGUCGGUAGCUACCAUGCUCCAGCCGGCAUCGAGGGCAUCGAGGGCAUCGACCUCCUCUUCCUCCUCCUUUCAGCCCGUUUCUCGUCAAAACACAAUGUCUUCGCACGACACGAGGUCGCUGCGCGCGUCAAAGCGCAUGUCCGUGACCGCGUUCUACCUGUCCAUGUCCGCGAAGGAUAAAGAUUUGGAGAUAUCAGACGAUUUGGCCAGGGCGCAAAAACAUCUUCGCGAACUCAAAGCAAAAAUCUCGUCGCAGUCUAAAAAGAAUUUCGUUCUGGAAAAAGAUGUUCGCUACUUGGAUUCUAGAAUUGCAUUGCUCAUUCAAAAUCGCAUGGCGUUAGAGGAGCAAAAUGAAAUCUCCAGUCGCCUCGAGGAAAGCUUGGAGUCUUCACAAGUGGGCUACUUUCCCAACGAUGAAAAGACACAAAAAUACGGCAAUCUCCUCUUCCUGCUUCAAUCCGAGCCAAAACACAUUGCCCAUCUCUGUCGUCUCGUUUCAAUGUCCGAAAUCGAUUCGCUCCUGCAAACCGUAAUGUUUGUGAUUUACGGGAAUCAAUACGAAAGUCGCGAAGAGCACUUACUACUGACUAUGUUUCAGUCUGUUCUGACUUACCAAUUCGAUAAUACCCCAGAAUACUCGUCGCUCUUACGCCAGAAUACCCCCGUCUCGCGAAUGAUGACCACUUACACUCGCCGUGGUCCCGGUCAGAGCUACCUGAAAAACAUCUUGGCGGAUCAGAUCAACUCGCUGAUCGAGUUGCAGGACGUUGACCUUGAGAUCAACCCAUUGAAGGUGUACGAGAGCAUGGUUCAGCAGAUUGAAGAAGACACUGGACGACUGCCUGAUUACCUUCCCAAAUCAGUGACUGCCGAAGUUGCCGCCGAGAACGAACAAGUUCAAGCCAUCAUUGAGCCUCGUUUGAAGAUGUUGACCGAUAUUGCCAACGCCUUCCUGACGACAAUCAUUGACGGACUUGAAAAGGCUCCGUACGGCAUUCGAUGGAUCUGCAAGCAGAUUCGCAGUCUGUCUCGCCGCAAGUACCCGGACGCUCAGGACCAGACCAUUUGCACAUUGAUUGGAGGUUUCUUCUUUCUUCGUUUUAUCAACCCAGCCAUUGUGACUCCUCGCUCGUAUAUGCUCAUCGAUUCAGUUCCCUCCGACAAGCCACGCCGAACGUUGACCCUCAUUGCUAAGAUGCUGCAAAACUUGGCCAACAAGCCCUCGUAUGCCAAGGAACCCUACAUGGCGAAGCUCCAGCCGUUCAUUCAUCAGAAUAAAGAACGUGUGAACAAGUUCAUGCUUGACCUGUGUGAAGUUCAGGACUUUUAUGAGAGUCUGGAAAUGGACAACUAUGUUGCUUUGACGAAGCGCGACCUCGAACUACAGAUUUCUUUGAACGAGGUCUACGCGACUCACUCCUUGUUAGAAAGGCACAGCGCGGCUUUGGCGGCCUCGGAUCAACACUCUCAUCUGCAAUCGAUCCUUCAAGAGCUUGGCCCAGCGCCUCCACAGCUUCCGCGCAAAGACAACCGUCAAAUCAAUCUGCCUCUGUUCAGUAAGUGGGAGACCUCUGUCGACGAUCUUACCGCUGCACUCGACAUUACACAAGAGGAGAUUUAUUUCAUGGAGGCCAAGUCGACUUUUGUUCAGAUUUUGCGUGCACUCCCGGAAGGUUCGAAGGUCUUGCAGCGGCCUUUACGUCUGGAUCGCAUUGCCGAAGCUGCUGCAACUCUAAAGAACGAUGCAGUCAUGGUACGCAAGGGUAUCCGAACUAUGGAACUGCUCAGUCAACUUCAAGAGAUGGGCGUGAUUGACCGGUCUGACGAGUUUGGUCUUUUGCGCGACGAGGUUGAACAAGAGUUGGUCCAUUUAGGCUCGCUCAAGGAAAAGGUCCUUGAGGAGACCAAACAAUUGGACGAGGUGUUCCGUACGAUCCGUGAUCACAAUGCGUACUUGGUUGGUCAGCUGGAAACAUACAAAUCGUAUCUGCAUAAUGUGCGAAGUCAGUCAGAGGGCAAAUCACGCAAGCAGCAGAAGAACCAAGAACUUGGGCCGUACAAGUUUACGCAUCAGCAACUGGAAAAAGAAGGCGUUAUCCGCAAGAGCAAUGUGCCAGAGAACCGACGAGCCAAUAUAUUUUUUAUGUUCCGCAGUCCACUUCCGGGGACAUUCGUUAUCAGUCUACACUACAAGGGACGUGCGCGUGGCCUGUUAGAAUUGGACCUGAAGUUGGAUGAUCUGCUCGAAAUGCAGAAAGACAAUCAAGAGGACCUUGAUCUUGAAUACGUUCAAUUCAACGUGUCAAAGGUUUUGACACUUUUGAACAAGCGCUUCGCUCGCCGCAAGGGCUGGUAAGGUUUAUGACCUUUUUAACCCUCGCCGUCUAACGUUCUAUAACCUGCUCGCUCCUCGAGCUUCACUAUGAUACCCCUACCCCGACUUGCGUCAACCUGAGGUCUAGUCGGGUCUGCACAUAUCCUUAUUGAUUUAUUUUUUAUUCUAUUUUUUAUUUUCUAUUUUGGUUUUUGAUUUGCCAUUUUCGUUGUUAGUACUGUAUUGUACAGUACGUACAACAGUUCUCAUCUCUCGCUGGUCGAAGAUGAAAUGUGUUUGGUGUCUUCAACGUUGUUAUCAGAGAUGGUGGUCCACUAUAAUUCCGGCUUUUACUGACAUGUAUUUCUUAUCUUAUACCAUAUUGUUUUUCUGCUUUUCUUUUGUUCAAGAUCGGGCCAUGGUCUCUUCAUGUAAUAAUAAUGUGCGAUGUUUUGAUUUGAGUCUGUUGCAUUUGUAUGAUUUGCGAGUUCAAGCGAUAUAUAUACAUACAGAUAUGCGGCAUUUAUUAUGUUUAUGUUGUUA